AUGGGCCCAUUAGAAGUUUCGCAGGGUUUAAUCAAUUCUCUUGAGCAUGUCAUCUACGUCAACUUUGUGUUGUUGUUUCUACUAGACUAUAGUUUCCUGACUCUUGUUUUAAGAGUCCUUGCUCUCGCUUUUCAGUCUCCAUUUAUGCACUCCAAGUCAGCAAGCGUAAGCAUCAACUAUGUGCUGGUUGUAAAUGGACUGUUUCUAUUUGGACACUUUAGCACUCCUACUGGACCCAGUGUAAUUAUCGACUUUUUUGGUCCUGUUAAAAAUACUACUCGACUGUUCCUCAUCUUCAAUGACCUACUGCUAACAUGUUUACAAUUACUGCGAACAGUGAUUUUAUACUCUGUUAAAUCAUCCACUCGAGCUUCACGACAGCUAUUCACUAUAACUCCUGCAUUGCCUAGAGCCCGACGUCGAUCUAAUCGUCAACGUCGUUCUGCAGAAACUCCUACCACACCAUCAGUAUCUGAAACUGUUUCGUUGCCAUUACACGUAGGACAUGUGAUGACUGAAGAACCUCGAGAAAGUUUGAAUGUUGCCGAGUCGAGCCCAUCUGGAUCUUAUAAUAAUCCACAAGAUAUUCCAUUGAAUGCAUAUCCCUCCAUACCCAUAGAAGAACUCAGCACAGUAUUCACCAUGGAUUUUGAUGUGCCUUUGAUAGCUAAACGAAUAUACCAAGAAAGCGGUCAGUCAUUACGACGACGUUUGAGGCCCGCCACUACAUCCGAGUUGGGCAUUUCACUUGCACCGUCAUCCUCGCCUCGUUCUGCUUUGGGUUUUGAUGGAUUCAGAGCAGCACUUAAUUGGAGAAUGAUGCGACUUAAUUCUCGGUUGAGAGCACAACGUAGAGCAAACGAAUCACCACCACAUAGUCCCACUGGACAUGAUCCUUUAGGUGGGUCUUCAUCUAAUAGUAGUGAAUUGCCUGGUUUGAAUCGGGGACAAACGACACAUCGUGCUACUCAAUCUCCUUUGACACGCCAUGAUUCGUUGACCGAGUCUUGGGCAAUGCCAUUCACUAGUGACGAUACGGACGAAGAGGAUCUGCAUUCUCGACCCUCUUCGUCCAAUCUAGACUCUACACAGUCAAGCACUCCACACACUCUGGAAAACUCGCGUCGUCUACCCAUCUAA